GGAGAACUCCCCCUCCAAUUCCCCUCACUUUAUGGCUAUAAUCCACACAUCAUACCCCCCCUAAACUUACCCCAAUGUCGACAUCUCUCUCCAAACGCAAGCGCCACGAUUACGUCGCCGAUUCUCUUAUUCUCCCCAUAAAUCCUAUUAGAAGAAUCUCCUCCAAUUCCCCUAUUUCGUCCCCUAUCAGAAUCUCCGUCACCAUAACUGAUGUAUUCUGGGACAAUGCCCUAAAAUUUUACGCCGACUCCUCCGACACUAUCAAAUCCAUCCACGACAACAUUCACCUCAUCACCGGAAUUCCGGUUACCGAGCGGAGGCUUUUCUACGGCCGGAAACAGCUGCAUUGGGAGCAGACUUUAGCGGAAUGUGGAUUGCACAAAUUUGCAGGACUCUCCCUUGUUGCCCAGAUGCGCAGCGGCAGCACCAAACACCCCAAGGCCUGGGAGCUCAUCAACGAGGUUGUUUCGUUUAUUUUCGUUAUGUGCAACAAAAUUCCUCCUUUCGAUGUUCCCUUUUCGAUUAAGCUAAUGCUCGCCGAAUUCUUGGAGAUGAUUCCACGAGCGGACAUUGAACAAGCGUGUGGACAUUUGAAGAUGUUCAGUGCUUCCUCGGCCCCAACAGUGCUAGUCAAGCUUUAUAUGUCCCCUUUUAGAACGAACAAGAGUGCGGCUGAUGAGGCCAUUAGAUAUUUCCUCACCUCGAUUAAGAGCAUCCUGCCUAAGCAUAUGCAUCAUCAGUGUGUGCCAAUGAUUUUGGAAUUCUGCAAAUUGUUGAAGGAGGCAGCUGGAAUUGAUGAUCCGUUGUAUCGUUGGUUAAUGCUGGUGGAUACUGAGGUUGGAAAGAAGGCUAAAAUUGAGGAGUUAGCAGCUAAACUCUCCCGUGCUUUGGUCUUAAGUGUGGAGUCAAGGCGUUUUUUUGAGCCUUCAUUGGUUGUUAGUAUAAGGGAUUUCUCUUCAUUUGUGGCACCACACAUCAAGGAGAUGAAGGAGGGACGUGGCGGACCAGAUGAAGCUACAAAUUUAUAUGGAAUUUUCAAUAAUAUAUACAGUAAAUUCGAGUGGUAUUUGGGGAAACUCGAGGACCAUUUGGAACAGGAUAAGGAUACCGGAUUUUGUUGUCAUUACAUUGGAUUUAUCAAACAACUUAAUAUCUCAAAAAUUUACAAUGGCGGUGAAAGUAUAUUUUGGGAAGCCAUGAAGAGUAGGAAGGGUACUUUCUGUAAACUUGUCCUCAAGGCUGCAAAGAGGGGUGAAGACCAUAGUUGGAUUUUUGAGUGCAAGGAAAUGACCAACUUUGAGACAAGGAGACAUUUAGCAAGGAUGAUCCUUCCCAUGGUGAAGGAUUACCAUCACGAACCGCAUGAGAUGCUUAUUGACCGCUCACAUUUGUUGGCAGAAUCAUUUGAGUAUAUAAAACACGCUCAUAUUCAUUCCUUACGUGCUGGUUUAUUUAUGGCGUUCAAGAAUGAGGAAGCCACUGGCCCUGGUGUUCUACGGGAGUGGUUUUCCUUGGUAUGCCAAGCAGUCUUCAACCUUCAAAAUGCCCUCUUUGUAGCUUGCUCUAAUGAUCGCAGAAGGUUCUAUCCAAAUCCAGCAUCUAAAGUGGACCCAGUGCACGUCGAGUAUUUUGGCUUCACCGGAAAGUUGAUUGCCUUGGCCUUGAUGCAUAAUAUACAAGUGGGCAUUGUAUUUGAUCGUGUAUUCUUUUUGCAAUUGGCUGGGCAUACAAUCACCUUAGAAGAUAUAAGGGAUGCAGAUCCCUUGUUUUAUAACAGCUGCAAGCAAAUCUUAGAGAUGGACCCUGAGGCUAUUGAUCAAGAUGCCUUAGGUCUAACGUUUGUUCAUGAAGUUGAGGAGCUGGGAACAUUGAAGACUCUUGAUCUCUGCACUAAUGGGAAAAGUAUUGCUGUAAACAGUAAAAAUAGGAGGCAAUAUGUUGAUUCUCUUAUACAGCACCGGUUUGUAAUAUCUGUUGCCGACCAGGUAGAGCAUUUUGCUAAAGGUUUUGCUGACAUUAUUGGUUGUCGCCGUCUCCAAAAAUCCUUCUUCAAAUGCUUGGAACUAGAAGAUCUAGACUGGAUGCUAUAUGGCAGUGAAAGUGCAAUCUCUGUAGAUGAUUGGAAAGCACAUACAAAGUAUGAGGGCUUUAAGGAAACAGAAGAUCAGAUAUCCUGGUUUUGGAAGAUUGUCGGAGAUAUGGCAGCGGAGCAGAAAAAGAUUCUACUCUUCUUCUGGACCUCGGUCAAAUACUUACCAGUUGAAGGUUUCAGUGGUUUAGCUUCUCGGCUUUACAUCUACAAGACUUCUGAAUCCUGUGGACGGCUUCCUUCAUCUCAUACAUGCUUUUACCGGCUGAGUCUCCCGGCGUACCCUACCAGUGAUGUGAUGCACGAUCGUCUCAACAUUAUCACUCAGGAGCAUGUAGGUUGCAGCUUUGGGACAAAGUGAAAAUAUGUGGAUUUAGAUGGUGGUGCAGAAAAUAGAAUUUCUCACAGUUUGGCCAAACUAAACUUAAACAAGACAAACAUACUGUAAUGAGCUAAUUUAGGUAGAAACAUGAGUUAACAACUACUCCAUAUAACAUGAGGAAACAGAAACAGAUCGAAGUAAGAAAAGUAAAUACAUGAUCCCCAGAGAAAAGGGCCUUUUGAA